AACAGUCUUGACCGGACUCUGGCUGUGUCGCCGUGGAGCGGAAAGGGCAGGAUUUCGGCGCAGCCGUCGGUGACACCAUGGAGAACGAGUUCACAUACGAAGAUUAUCAGCGCACCGCCGAGUGGCUUCGGUCUCACACGAAACAUCGACCUCAAGUGGCAGUGAUCUGUGGUUCCGGCUUAGGAGGGCUGACCGCUAAAUUAACUCAGCCUCAGGCCUUUGACUACAAUGAGAUACCCAACUUUCCCCAAAGCACAGUGCAAGGCCAUGCGGGUCGCCUGGUGUUUGGAUUCCUGAAUGGCAGAUCCUGUGUGAUGAUGCAGGGCCGGUUCCACAUGUAUGAAGGGUACUCGCUGUCAAAGGUGACGUUCCCAGUGAGAGUUUUCCAUCUUCUGGGUGUGGACACUUUGGUGGUCACCAAUGCUGCUGGAGGACUCAACCCCAAAUUUGAAGUUGGAGAUAUCAUGCUGAUCCGUGACCACAUCAACCUGCCUGGGUUCUGUGGCCAGAACCCUCUCCGAGGCCCCAACGAUGAAAGGUUUGGAGUUCGUUUUCCUGCCAUGUCUGAUGCUUAUGACCGGGAUAUGAGGCAGAAGGCUUUCAAUGCCUGGAAACAAAUGGGGGAGCAACGAGAACUACAAGAAGGCACCUACAUAAUGUCAGCAGGUCCCACCUUUGAGACUGUGGCGGAGAGCUGUCUGCUAAGGAUGCUGGGAGCAGAUGCUGUUGGCAUGAGCACAGUCCCAGAAGUUAUCGUUGCGAGACACUGUGGGCUCCGUGUCUUUGGUUUCUCACUCAUUACUAACAAGGUUGUCAUGGAUUACAACAACUUGGAGAAGGCCAGUCACCAGGAAGUUCUGGAGGCCGGGAAAGCAGCUGCACAGAAAUUGGAGCAGUUUGUCUCCAUUCUUAUGGAGAGCAUUCCACCCCGUGAGCGUGCCAACUGACUGGCCGCGGAGUGAUCUGGUGCUCCCCCAGGGGGGUCCAAGUAGCUGUCUACUUUGGUCACUUGCUGGGUCGCUAGUCCCUGUUCUUAGAGUCUAGCAGAAAGGAAAGAGGAGGUGCCUACCCUUCACCUUCCCGAUAGAUAUCCUUCUACUGCUCCGAUGCCUGGUCCUCUUACUUAGUUGCCUUCUCAAAUUAACUUUCAUUCCUCUGGAAGAGCUGGAGCCCAUUUCCCAGCACACUUGGGAUCUAUGUAUGCCUUCAAUCAGUAUCUUUCUACAUCCCGAGGAUGACAGACACGUUCUGGGCUCCUCUGCUUUCCCUAAAGCCACAAAGACCAAAGACCAACCCCAUACCUCUUGGAUUUUAUGUAGUAUUAUAAUGUUUUGAGAAUAAAGAGAUCGGAUACUUUU